AUGAGCGUGGACCAAGAAGACUCAUCUAUGUGGGAGUUCAUGCUCGAAGUCGUGUCUAAAGGGGCGGAUAAUGUCGUUCGGUGGCUUCCUGGGAUCGAGGUAGUAGAUAUCGACGGACAACCUUUAGAACCACGCGAAUAUCAACCUACUUUAUGGAAUUUUUUAUAUUCUAAUCAUUUAUAUCUGGCAAUCUUUGUGAAUGUUUUAAACAAUAGAAUAAACGCCAUUGUCACCCCUCGUAACCCAAGACCUUUGCCAAAGACUACCCGUGCUAUGUGUUUACAACCGUAUUUUUCACAAUGGCUUUUAGAUUACGGUGCUGGUUAUACCGACCAUCAAGCACUUUGGUUAUGUUUAAAGGCAUUAUCUGCCGUAUACGUCAUGAAAGCUUUCCAUUCAAGCCAGUCAAAUACCGAUUUGCUUCUUAUAGCAAUACUCGAAAUUUUUGAUAUAUUUCUUCUUGAGGUUCUAUAUCUUCACCCACGCGGAAUCCAGUAUCGACUCAUACCUACUACUUUCAUUGGUGUUGCAGGAAUCAUUCACUAUGCCUACGCUUUACUUUCUAAAUCAGAUACCUAUCCAAUGCUUCAAAGUUUUGCCCGUUUUCCAGAACUUGCUUUGAUAGCUAUUAUUAUAAUUUGUGUUACUCUUCAUGUAAUUGCAUAUAUCGUAACUGGUGGCAACGUUCGUCGAACUUUCUUCUUGGAUGCUAGGUCUAUGCCAUCACUUCAUGAGGACUAUACAAUGGCACUAUAUAGAAUUGGUACUAUUGUCAUAGAAACUAGUCGUGUUGAUGGAUUUCGUAAUGAAUUGUCUCCAAUAGCUGUUCCACUAGGUACGUUAUUUGAACGUUCGAAAAAAAAGAAACCGCGAUUAUCUGUCGACAGUUCGAGCAAAAGAAAACCAACGUGCGGAUACGAUAACGAACAACAGGAUACAAAUGACCUUAUUUCUACAGAAUCUAAUGGUGGUCCGCGUCGUGUAAUUGUCUGGACAAAUUUCGUAUUUCAGAUCAUUCAAGUAUUUGUAGAGGCUAUAAUGCGUAUCAUAAAUUGGUUCAAAUCAUUUUAUAAUGGACGCCAACCAGCACCAAAUAGCACACCGCAAUAUAACAGUAGUAUUGAUGGUGUCGAUGACAUUGAUUGGGAUGAGGAAAUAUAUCAAAGAUUUCUUUUUGAAGAAUUCGACGAACGUGACGAUGAAGAUGAUGACUUUACAAAUGUAAAAUAUGAAGAUUCUAUAGAUGAUGAUUCAGACCAAGAUGAGGCUACCAUUCCUGGCGAUGAACUUCUACUAUUAGGAAAUGAUUUAAGAGAGCAUGAAGAACAGCAACCAUCGACAUCAUUCGCUUCUACAUCUACUGUUCUACCUACAUCAUCAUCAGCUUCAACAUCAAAUAUUUUGUCAACAAUGCAAUCUAUUCUCACACAUUUGAUGUAUUCCACACCUCUUACUCGUACACAAUAUCGACGGCUCACGCAGAACAGUAUGUCAUCCACGCCUGACGAGUCUGCCGCACUGUUGGCACUGAUUCAUGAAAGGCGAGUACCAUGCGAGUUAACGUCCCAACCUAUUACAGACCGUGUUUGUGUUGUUUGUCAUGGGGAAGCUCGUCAAUGCCUUCUUAAACCGUGCGGUUGUUUCGCGCUUUGCAAUGAGUGUCGUGAAACGAUGGCCCAACGCAAAUACAAGACUUGCCCUUGUUGUCGUCGACCGGUUGAAGGAUAUUCUAGAGUUUAUAUUCCAUAA